AUGUCAUCACCUGCUAGUGACAUGAGCAACGUGACGCUCACUCUUCCUGCUUUGAAGCGAUCAAGAAGUGCUAACAUCGGUGUCAUUACCCGAUCGGAAAAUGCCGUCUCAGCAAUCUUCAACAAAGAGGCAUCUGCUCUAAUCUACAAGGAAAUUGGAACUCUCAAGGCCAAUCUGACGAUGUGCGAACGAAAGAAAAAGGACCUAGAAGAGCUUAGUCAGCAAAUUUCAAAUGUUCUAAACGACGAUGAAGAUGCACUUGAAGUUGAAUUGGAAGAAGCUGAGAAAAUCUACCUUCAAGUAGAUUGUUUGAUGGAAAUGAUCACAACUAUUUUAGAUGACCGAGGAAAAUAUUCAACUGAAUCGGUCAAAGAUGACGACAGCGCAAGCGGAACAGGAUCCUACAAAUCCACUUCCCAACGUGGUGCUGGCCGAAACCAAGAUACUUGGCUGAAGUUGCCGAAACUGAAUUCGCCAGCAUUUAGCGGAAGGUAUGAUCAAUGGCUACCUUUCUUAGAUUCCUUUGAUGGAGCAGUUCACUCAAAUGCAUCGCUGUCUGAUGUUCAGAAAUACCUAAAGGGUGCCCUCAAGGAUGAACCGUUUCGUUUGCUAUCCCACUUGCCUACUACAAACGCGAACUACUCAGUCGCAAGGGAACUUCUAAAGGAUCGAUAA